CACAAUGUUCAAAACAAGGCCAGAAAACAAGACUGUCUAAGUCUGUCUAAACCUAAUUACUCUGCAUGUAAACAUACUGAUUAAUACAUGAUUUAUCUUUCAGAGCCAGACCCCAAAGUGACCGUGGGACAAGACAGUGAUGUUGUGUUACCCUGUUCUCUCAGCACCGAGGAGAACACUGAGUUUAAACUGUUUGACUGGAAGAAAGUUGCUCAGAAAGAUGAUGGUCUGAAGGAGGUGUUCCUGUAUGAUGGAGGCAUUCAUUACAACAACGGUCUAGAUGGUCAGAGUGAAGAGUUCAAAGGUCGAGUCUCUCAUUUUCCAGAUGAACUGAAAUACGGCGACGCCUCCAUAAUCAUCAGAAAUACAACGAUAUCUGAUAAUGGAGUCUACACCUGUGCUUUUCCUCGUCUUCAGCCACCUCAAACAUUCUACAUUGAGCUUGUUGUUGUUCCUGUUUUAAAAGACAGAUCAGGUGAAAACAUCCCAGGUUCGGCUCCAAAACCAUCCAUCACAUCACUUAAGGAAACAAAGGACUGGAGGCUGCUGCAGUGUGAGGUUCAGGGCAAACCAAAACCUGAAGUAAAGUGGCAGGACAGUGAUGGAAACAAUCUUCCUGCUGAGAAGCCACAGGUCACAAUAAAAAGAGGCCUUUUCUCCAUCACUCUCAACACUACUGUGACCAAGAGCGACCGCUAUCGCUGUGUAGCCAAACAGGAGAAAAUCAGGCAUCAGGUUUCUGCUGAGAUUGAUGUGUAUAUCCAUGGACCAACAGUCAUCACAGUUGAAGGAGGGACUGAUGUCAUGUUACCCUGCUCUCUCAGCACCAAGGAGAACAUUACUUCAAAACUCUUUGACUGGAAGAAAGUUGCUCAGAAAGAUGAUGGUCUGAAGGAGGUGUUCCUGUAUGAUGGAGGCAGUCAUUACAACAACGGUCUAGAUGGUCAGAGUGAAGAGUUCAAAGGUCGAGUCUCUCAUUUCCCAGAUGAACUGAAAGACGGCAACGCCUCCAUAAUCAUCAGAAAUACAACGCUGGUUGACAGUGGAGACUACACCUGUUAUUUUCCAAAUCUUCAGCCACCUCAAACAUUCUACAUUGAUCUUGUCGUUGCGUCUCCCAAUGGAUGGAUUGUUGCUGGUGCAGUUCUAGCUGUUGCUGUUGUUGUUAUUGUUCUAGCUGCUGCUGUUCUUCUAGCCAAGUAUAAAAAAGCUUGUUCCAAAGAGCAGUACCACAGUAAGUGA